AUGAAGGAGACAAACACGCUCAACGUUUACAAGGGACCAGAGUCCAUCAAAGACUACUUUGACCCGGACACUGCCCCCCCUCUCCCCCUCGUCGAGGUGCCAGCCUCACUGAAUCCCUACUACGGCGAUGGCGUCCGCAUUUUUGCCAAGAUGAUGUCUAUGCAUCCCGCUAACAAUGUCAAGUGCAUGCCAGCAUUGAAUCUUCUCGAAAAGAGCAUCGAGCCCAAUGUGACAAAGACCGUUGUCGAGUACAGCUCCGGAUCGACAGUACUUUCCAUGUCUUUGGUCGGCCGUGCCCUCUACGGCCUCGAUGACAUCAGAGCGUUUUUGAGCAACAAGACGAGCGUCGCCAAAAUUCGUCUCAUGCAGCUCUUUGGCAUCAACAUAACUCUCUUUGGUGGCCCUUCCCAGCCCGAGCCGCUUGAUGAGCGCGGUGGUAUCCGUGCUGCCCAGCGUCUGGGCAGUGAGACUAGUGAAGCCCUGAACCCGAACCAGUACGAGAACGAAAACAACUGGAAAUCGCACGUUCGCUGGACCGGGCCGCAAAUCCUGAGACAACUGCCCGAGAUCAAUCUCAUUUGUGCAGGCAUGGGCACAUCUGGAACCAUGACAGGACUGGGAACAUUCUUCAAGGAUGCAAAGCCAAGCGUCUACAGACUCGGUGUUUGUACUGCUGCAGGCGACAGAGUUCCAGGACCCAGAUCAUAUGCGCUUCUCGGCCCCGUCACCUUUCCCUGGAAGUCUUCUGUCGACCACGUUGAGGAAGUUGGCUCUUACGAGUCCUAUCGUCUGUCUCUGGAGCUAACCCGCAACGGUCUCGUCUGCGGUCCGUCGUCUGGCUUCAACCUGAAGGGCCUCUACCAGCACAUUGACAAGCAAAAGGCUGAUGGUAACCUGAGCAAGCUCGCUGGCCCCGACGGUCUCAUCAACUGUGUCUUUCUCUGCUGCGACUUGCCCUACCAGUACGUCGAUGAGUACUUUGAUAAGCUUGACGCUUCAUGCUUCCCAUCGAUAAAUAACGAAGAGCUUCUCAAGGUCGAUCUGUACCGAUAUGACGAGAAGUGGGAGUGGGAGGCAUCCAAGGCCCUGCAAACCUACUUCCACGUCAACGAGGACCAGAUGAGCGAACUCGUGCGCCGCGCCCAGGAGACGUGCACAUGCGAGGUUCCCAAGCUCAGCGCCGCGCUGGGCCCGCGCGACACCGCCUCCACCGCCAUCCUCGAUCUGCGCCAGCCCAAAGACUUCAUCCAGGGCCGGCUCCCCAACUCGGUCAAUCUCCCGCUGGCGCUGCCGGGCAUCGCCAGCCCCUUCUCCGACCCUUCGAACCUGAGCCGUCUCUGGACCGAGUUGGACCGGGCGUUUGCUGAUCCCGCGAAUGUAAUCAGCGAACUCGCGAGCAAGGACACGCUCGUCGUCUGCUACGACGGCGACAGCGCGCGCGUCGCCGCUAGCGUCAUGCGCGCCAAGGGCUUCGCGGCAAACAGCCUGCGCGGAGGUCUGGAAGGGCUCAUCAAGAUGCUGUCGACUCCGCGGACCUGUGCAAAGGCUGAGGCCGAGCAGCAGACGACCUGGCUUCAGCUCUGCGAGGCCCAGAGCGCACCGGCCGCGGCCUCUUCGUCCGAGCUGACAAAGCCGCAGCAGGCUGCAGUCAUCGGCGAAAACGGCGUCUCCGCCAUUAGCAAGCGCAGCUUUGACUGCAGCAACCCCGUCUGGGGUCUAGCCCACCAAGACUGCCAGCACAUGUCCGACGUUGGCUUCGGCUCCAUGGGCAAGAACAGCGACGGCGACAACGGCGUCAUCUGGGUCGGCGACGACGGCCACACAACCUUUACCUUUACCAACCGCGCCGAGGUCGACGAGUGCAUGACCGUCGUCGUCUGGCUGCACACCCCGGACUACGUGUCGAGCUUCGUCAACGUGCGCCAGCCGUACGUCACCUGGUCGCUGCCAAACCACGGCGACAGCGUCACCGUCUCCAUGGCGCCGGGCAUCUCGGGCGCCUUUGCCGCGCUGCACCGCCACGUCACCGUCCUCAGGGACGGCCAGGUCUUUAAUACCUGGGGCGAGUGGUCGACGGGCCCGCACGCGACUGUCGACGUCUCCCGCGAGCCUAGAAUGGACGGUAACCGCAUGGAGAUUGAGACGGGGGGCGGCUGUCGCGCCAACAUGGACCGGUGCGUCUUCAAGUGCAGACACGGCAACCGCUGCGGCCUCUCUGGCGAGUGGUAUCUGGAGAACUGCGAGGCGGGCUCGCAGCCAGGUAACCCUCACUCUGGCUUUGACAAUCUGGGCAAUCACAGCGGUGGCUGUGGCGGCUACGAGAAUGGAGGCCAUGUCAAGGUUGAUUUCCACGACUAA